AUGGAUGACACUCCGGCAAAUUAUAUCAAGUGUCUGGAAAAGGAAUUUGGCCAUACAGCAUUUCGGGAUGUUCAGUACUCAAUUAUACGUUCUAUUCUUGAAGAGGGUCGUGACAAUUGUGCUAUUAUGUCCACUGGUUAUGGAAAAUCACUGACCUAUCAGUUUCCACCGGUAUUUGCAAAAAAAUUGGCGAUUGUUGUUAGCCCGUUAAUAUCUCUUAUGGAGGAUCAGGUAAGAGCUUUAAAUUUGACACGAGAAAGGGCAUGUCUUCUUGGAUCUGCUCAAGAGGAUAGAUCAAUUGAAAAUCGAAUUCUUAAAAUGGAUUUCAAUUUGGUAUAUACUACUCCUGAGUACAUAACGGGGGAAAAUGGCUUGCGGCUCUUGAAAUCAGUAGAAAGCCAUUUAAUACUGUUAGCAGUCGAUGAAGCCCACUGUAUUUCUCAGUGGGGCCAUGAUUUCCGUUACGCUUAUAGAAAGCUAAACAUCCUAAGGAAGACUUUACCGAGUGUGCCCAUAUUAGCACUAACAGCUACCGCAACUCAACAAGUUCGCGAUGACAUUUGCCAUCAACUAGCUUUAAAAAAUCCCCAGGUGCUAAGUACUGGAUUUGAUCGACCUAAUUUGGAAUUUAUAGUACGCCAAAGAUCGUCAUUGCGAAAUGGAACAGGACCAUGGCUUGAUAUGGGACAAUUUAUUAAAGCGGCCCUUCAAGACAGAGGAUCGGCCAUAGUGUAUUGCAAUACAUGUAACCAUGCCGAAAUGGUUGCUAGAGAAAUACAGCAACAUGUCCCAUGUAAUUAUUAUCAUGGAAAACUUUCAUUAAAACAAAAGAAUAUAUAUCAUCAUCAGUUUGCCAGAGACGAAGUGCGAGUAAUAGUAGCGACAAUGGCAUUUGGAAUGGGUAUAGAUAAGCCGGAUGUCCGUUUGGUAGUUCAUUAUGGAAUUCCAAAUGAUAUGGAAAGAUAUUACCAAGAGGUUGGACGUGCUGGUCGCGAUGGCUUAAAAUCCAAAUGUGUGCUCUUUUACGAUUCUUCAGACUGGAGAACACACGAACGCCUGCGCCAAGAUGUGAAUUUUUUCCAGUCCAAGCAUUUAGAGGCUCAGGCAAUAAAAAUGUCCGCUUAUACGAGAAUAACAACGUGUCGACGCAAAUUCAUAUUAGAAUACUUUGAUGAUGAUGUUGCUUCCACUUUGCAAACAAGAAGUGAUUGUUGUGACAAUUGUUUCUUAUUAGCUAAGAAAGUAGAUUAUCGUCAAAUAUACGAAGGAAUCGACGACGAUGGAAUGCUAAAUGUAUCAGCCGAUGCAUUCCAAUUUCUCUCAUUGUUAAAAGAUUUAAAAGGUCGGUUUGGUUUGGGAAAAAUCAUACUAAUACUUAAAGGUUCAAAACGACAAGAAAUACCAAAACAUUACUAUACACAUCCAAUGUUCGGCAAAGGAUCAUCAAAGAGUGAAGCUUGGUACAAGAUUCUGUCGGAGAAUUUACAGGGAUUGGGUUACACGCAAAAUAUCACAAAACAAAGUGCUUAUGGAUGUUACACUUUAAUAGACAUUACCAAAACUGGUGCGGAUUGGCUUAACCAAGAUCCAGAAAAGCGAAAUACAAUAAAAAUUGAAGUUUAUUCUGAUAUAUUGAAAUUUUUAAAACCCAAAAAUGCCAAGAUGAUCCCUCCAACAGUAGCUGCCAAAUUGGGUGGAUCUGGCUUAGAGGACAAUGUAUUAAUGAAGGCCUUGUUGUCAUUACGUACAAAAAUUGCCUCUGAUUUGGAUGUAAUGCCAUAUAUGGUAGCAUCCAAUAUUGCUCUUAAUCAGAUAAGUGAAUAUAAACCAAAAACGAUGGAAGAACUGAGGUUGUGUAAACUAGAUGGUUUCUACGAAGCGAAAUAUUUACGCUUUGGCGAUGCCUUUGUAAAAUGUGUCCGAAGCGUAAUGUUUCCUGAAGAGGAUAACAAAUCUAAAAACGACCAAGCAUCAUCAAAUCAGCCACCACCUCGUAAAAGGCGCAUUUCUUCUGAUUUGUGGGAACAGGAUUCUGGCCUUGACGAUACUGAAUUAUCAUUAAUAAGUGAUGUUGUAGAAAAAGAGCUGAAUGCUUUAUCCCAAAACAACUAUCAUGAAUCUAUAGAAAACACUGAACUAGAUUUACUUUUAGCAGACAUAGAGAAGACAGAGGAAGAAGCGAAAUGUAAAACAAAUACAGAUUCUACAACAACAAAGAUCAAGGCUGCUUCGCUAAUGUUAAAAAAGAAACCGACAUAUCAAUACGAGGAUAGUUCGGAUGAAAGUUGCGGUGAAAAAGAAGAUGGCGAAACAAGUAACAUAUGUGAGAAAACUUUACCAACACGGGAAAUAAAUGACAAGAGAACUCGAGUGCUGCCUUCAUGGAUGAAAAAACAAUGUUAG